AGAAUACUUAGCAAUGCUGAAAGUGUAGGACGUGUAGUGGACUCGGAAACAAAAAGCGACGUGCAGAGAUUAUAGUGAGCCACGUGAAUCGUCUCUAACCGCCGAAGAGCGGGUCCUUGUCAAAAAUACCAACGCAUGUUUCGUGCAACAUAUUUAAAGAAACUUAAAAGGGAACGUUUGUUUACUGUCGUUGCCUCGAUUACAAUACAUUGCUUUUAGAACGGAAGUCUAAAGUUCCCAGAGGUAAAUAAGUAACCGAAUUUAAUCGGCUCUAAAUUUCAGCAGAGGUGAUUUGCUUUUCCGUCCUUUUUCACAUAUAGUUGGCAAUCGCUGUGGCACUUCGUAGCCUUCUGGUUAGUUUAAAAGGUAGAGUGACCGCUCGGAAAAGCGUUUGUCCCAGGUUCGAUCCCCAGAGGACUAGAAUUAAAGCUUCUUCUUCGAAACAUUCUGAGAAAUUCCAAUGAGAGAGGACACAAUAAAAUGCAGGGAGGUUGACGGACGUCCGGUUGGCUAUCCUUCACGGGAGAAACAAUCACACGCAGAUCAGUUUUCCUUUUAUCUUCUUUUUGAUUUUCUGGAACUUCCUUCCAUUUUGCGAAUUUUUCCGUAUACAUAUACACAGCGACAUACAAAUGCAGCUCGAUGAGUCGCGAGAGUUCGAGGUGCUUGGUCUCGUGUGAUUUCUUAAAUCAUCACUUCUUUUAAUUCGUAACAAGUCAGCAACCAUGCCGCGCUAGAAAAUAUAAAAGUUAAGAGCAAGACAUUUGCGAUGGGUGCGAAAUUGUAAGCGCUCAGAGUAAAUGGUUCCGUACUUUCUCGCACAAUUGAUACCGUUGGUAACUCACUAGCUACGCUAGCGCCGCGCUGGAAGUGGUGGAAAUCUUUGAAAGUGUGGCUGCAGUGUGUACUGGUGUUCCUGAUCUCCACUGGCUUUGAUGUUGCUUUGUGCUUCGUUUGUAUCGCAUCGUUUGUCAGCUUUAGCACUCUUCUGUCUGCGUUGCCGAAUGAAACGUUAUUAAACCAAUGUGCAUACUCGGAUUUAUACUAGGCUAUACGGCUGAGCUGCGUCAUAGCUUCUUCAGCGGGCCCUCGUGGUGCUUCUGCACUGGUUUCAGGAUGGGCCACUAACCCUUGCAACCAUCUGAACGCGCGGCCCGUUGAAGCAAGGAUGUCCCUGGCCAUCUGAAAUGUCACCGCCUGCAUGAAGGCAGCGCUGGAAAGCACCUGGCAACACGUUAUUGAGCUUUAGCUUCGGAAGCACAAAGCUAUAGCUGUCUCCAGUUUACUACCAUGCCUGCUGCAAGAUGAUUGGGAAAUGUGGUAUUAUCGGACGCUUGCCGAACAUCGCUGAAUGACAGCACAAGAGGUCUGAUACUAGAGAGCCCAGGUCGAUACCCCGGAAUGGCGGGCCGGAAGAGGCGCACUACGGUAGGCUGAGAAGCUCGCGGGCUUUAUGCGCUCGAUAGAUCAAGGUUGAACAGUCAAAACCGUAACUAUGUUCUGCUUUGUGCCCGGCUGCAAUUCCGGCUACGCCAGAAACAAGAGGACGUGUCCGCUUUUCCGGCCACCGGCCGACCCCGGUUUGCUUCGCCAGUGGGAGCGGAACAUACAGAGGAAAGACAGGGCCCUCACUCGGAAGGACGUGGUUUGCGCGCUGCACUUCGAGAAGCACCUGGUAUGCGACAGGUAUUACAGCGAACACGACGGGAACGUGCUGCUCAACGAGAGGAAAGUUCCGAGGCUCCGGAAAGGCGCGGUGCCGACGAUUUUCGAAGGAGCUGUGGUCGGUGUCGCCGGCGCCGGUUCGGACGCGUCAGAGGGGUCGUCAAAGACGGUCGCGCAACCGCCGCCAGAUGCCGGGGCGCCUCUGUGCGAUGCGAGCCUGACUCGGCAUGCCUCGCUCGAGACGACGCCUUGCCUGAACGCCGACGCCCGAAGCGGUGAUCUCGACCAGCGCAUCACCGUUAAAAGAGAGGAGGAGGACAGCUCCGACGCGAGCCUGACCUGGAACACGGAGCCCCCCCGCACGGACGAAAAGAUCGUCGAUCCUAGUGUCCACCCUGACCUCCGCGUCAAAGUGGAGAACGAAGAAUACUGCUUGGGCGUGCCGAGUCCAAAGGAAGUUGUUCACAAUGAAAACCAAGGCAGGGUGGUCCCUGACCUCCGCGUCAAAGUGGAGAACGAAGAAUACUGCUUGGGCGUGCCGAGUCCAAAGGAAGUUGUUCACAAUGAAAACCAAGGCCGGGUGGUAAGACAGCUCAGUGAAGUCGAACCUAACGGUGCGGGCGUUGGCUGUCGUGUCGAAGUGAAAAAGGAAGAGGAGUGCACCGACGAGCAGUGUCCGCUUCAAGUGCCAAAGAUAGUGUGCGUAGCCAAUGAUUUCGACACACCACAGGCACCCCGCAUUGUGCCACGGGCCCUUGUGGAACACCUCGUGCACCACCCUGAGGUGGUGAAACUCCCGCCCACGUGGAACUACCACAAGGUCAGGGCGCCCCGAGGGAACCGCGUCGUCUUCUGCACCCUCGCCGUCGCUAGCGACGGAACGACCCCCGUGGUCAGCAAGUUCGUCAACGUCACGGACAGCCGCGAAGGGGAGCCGCUCGAGGCGUUCGUGUCGAGCCGGAGCCUGGACGGCGCGCUGGGCGACGUGGCGAAGCCGACCAGCGUCGAGGCCGUCGAGCGCAUGGUGGAGGCGAUCGACCGGCUGCCCAUAUGCAGCGGCGGACCGCCGAGGGCCAAGUACCCGGAUGUGGACCCGACUCGCGCUCGCGUCGACGCCCUGGGCGUGUGGAGGCACGUCGACUGCGAGGUGUACGGCGCCGCGCUGUGUCGCCACUGUGCCCGGCUCGACUGCACCCUGCGCGCCCAAGUGUCGAGGCAGCGCAGGAGGAAAGACUCGGCGCCGCUGCGGGUUUGCCUCGCCUCGCUGCCGCCGGUGCAGCGCUCCAAGGUGGAGCUGCUCCGAAAGCGCAGCCGGUGCCUGUACAAGAAGCUGCGGCGUCUCACGGGCGGCGGGAAGGAACUCUGGGACGACGAGGACGACGGGGAGGACGACGAGAACGGAAUCGAGUACCCCGAGGCGCUUUCGUAAUCGGCGGGGGCUGGGCGCUCGUCUAUAGGCCUUGUCAACGGCGUAUAUAUAUGUUUACGUCGUCGCGAGAGACCUUCAGCGUAAAGCCACUAGUAUACUGUCGCGCUCAUUGUGAGCUAGAACGCGGGUGACCCGCGGCCCGUGUGGCUUCGAAACCUCGCGGCGUCGUUGAGGUGCGAAAAAUAUUUGUGAACAAGAUGCUACGGUAACUGGAACGGCGUUCGUUUCUCCGAAGAUUCGUGGGUCGGCACCGCCGGCCAGUCUCGGAGCCCCCCGACCGUGGGAGCCCGUCUUGUAGCCCGUAUUGUGCGCAACUUGCGCGUGGGCACAGACGAAGAGCACUGCACACACACGCAACCGCAUAUACUUCCAACAACGAUUCAUUUCCUCGGUGAAAAGCACGGUAUUUAUCAAUUCCACAGUUUACGUAACAGGUAUACGUUCUGUGACGUAUAUCGCUGGAUGUAUAAGUGUCGUUAUUUCCCGGAAAUGAGUACUUGUUGAAAGUUAGCACUGUGUGUGUGUGUGUGUGUGUGUGUGUGUGUGUGUGUGUGUGU